AUGAACAAGCUGAAUCAGGACCUGGAAGGACUUCGAAAAGAGAAUGGAAGGAAAGAAAAAAACAUAGAAAAGCUGAAGAGGGAGAACGAGAACAAGACCUUGAAGAUGAAAGGUUUAGAGGACGAGUUACAAGUCCUCACCAUUCAGACACAGAUGGCCCACGAAAAUUUGAAAGAGCUCGACCAAUGUAAAAGAGAAUUAGCUGAGAAAAACGAGGAACUGGAAAAGCUGAGAAAACAGAACUUGCAGAAGGAUUGCGAGAUCCUUCGACUGGAAAAUGAAUGCACCCAGAAACAAUUGGAAGUCAGCGGUUUACUGAAAGAAUCUAAAUCUGUUGUAGCAGAACAACUGACGGCAAAUGGAAAGAUGAAUGACCUGAUUAGGAGGAUAGUUCAACUUGAAUUCGACCUUGCUGAGACGAAGGAGCAACUAGAGACCAGGGUUUUUGAAGAGAUGGAAGCAUUAAUGGAAAUCGUAAGACCCCAAGAAGAGAUCUUGGCGCAGGAUACAAAGAUCAGCUGCUUAGGAAAGGUCAAAAACCUUAAUGGAACAAAGAAUUAUAAAGAAGAGGAAGUUUGCAGAAGAAAGAGGACGAUAACGAAAGCUGAAAACAAAAAGGCUUCGGAUAAAACUCUGUGUCUGAAGAAGCCCCAGAUCAACUGCAGAGCCCUCUACCGACGAAUGGACAGCAUCGAGGAAGAACUUCGCCAAAUCAAAGGAUUGCAACGACCUUCAGCUGGCACCAAGAGGCACUCAAAGGCCCCAAAUGAAACUCCAUCAAUUGAGAAGCCUCUAAACAGAGAUGAAUUGCACCAGAAAAAUGGGGCUGAUAUCUGCAGCCAACCUCCAACGACUGGAGCGAGAUGCUAA